CAAUCACGAAGAUGUGUGAUGUAAACAAGGAAGUCGGUAGUGAAAUAGAAAGGGAGAUUUCAGUCUGUGAGGAGAUGACACGGAGCAGAGUUCCUGUUUCAUGCCUCAUAUAAGCCUACAGAAUGGAGGAGAGACACAAAAGGAUUCUCCAACGCAAUAGGGUCAAUCUCGUGAGAGACCUGAACCCAUCAGAUAUGUAUGAUGGACUUCUGUCAAAAGGAAUCUUUACUCAAGACAUGAUCGACGAGAUAAAGAGAUCAGGAACCAGACGAGACCAAGCCAGACAGUUGGUUCGAGACCUGGAGACUCGAGGGAGUCGGGCCUUCCCAGCUUUAAUAGAGUGCCUUCGUGAGAAAGGGCAGCAUAGCCUGCCAGAUCUCCUGUUGGCGGGGGAACCACAGAGCCAGCCUCUACCUCUGCCUGUCCAUGUCCGGACAGUUGUUAGGCCUUUGCCAGUUUACUCUCAUAUGGACACUGUGGUAACCCCUGUCUAUCCAAGUCAACCAGUUAGGCCUUUGCCUAUUACCCCUGUCUAUCCAAGUCAACCAGUUAGGCCUUUGCCUACGCCUACCACUCCCAGUUUAUCCCCUGAAAGGGAGUUUGGAAAACCCAGGGCAACAGGAAGAGUUAGACGUGACAGUAUUCAGAGUUAUAAGAUGGAUGCCAGCCCCUGUGGACACUGCCUGAUCAUAAACAAUGUCGAUUUUGAGCCUCAGUCAGAGCUGAAUAACCGCACAGGGUCCAACAUAGACUGCGACAAACUGGAGAGAAGAUUUCAAUCCCUUAACUUUAUUGUCCUUGUCAAGAGAAACCUGAAACAGAAUCAAAUAAGGCAGGAGCUAUCAGCUUUGUCCAAGAAGGAUCAUUCACAAUAUGAUUGUUGUGUGGUGAUCAUGUUAUCACAUGGGACGGAGGUAAGUCACAAUCGCUUCCCUGGUGCAGUGCAUGGAGUGGAUGGGCCCAAUGUCCCAGUUCAGCUCAUCACAAACUACCUCAAUGGUCAGAACUGCCCAUCCCUACAGGGCAAGCCCAAGCUCUUCUUCAUCCAGGCCUGUGGGGGAGGUGAGAGAGACACAGGCUUUGAGGUGACUCCUGACGAGGAUAGGCCUUGUAUUGGAGGAACAGAUGACCAGACGGACGCCAUGCCCAUGUCCUCCAGCAGUGACUCUCUGAGCACUCCGUCUGAUGAGCCAGACGCUAGGGCCACACUGCCCACACCUAGUGACAUACUGGUGUCCUACUCCACCUUCCCAGGUUACGUCUCCUGGAGAGAUACACAAGCUGGCUCCUGGUAUGUAGAAACACUGGAUAACGUCUUAGAAGACAAUGCUGCCGCUAAUGACCUGGUCACCAUGUUAAUGAUGGUAAACAAUGAAGUUUCACAAAACUCAGCCAAAGGCCUCUACAAACAGAUGCCUGGUUCCUUUAACUUUCUACGCAAACUUCUCUACUUUCAAGUCCUGCCCUGCCAGAGACCAAUCCAGGCAUGACGACACUCUCAGGAAAUAUUUGUCUCUUCAUGUGCCAUUAAAAAAAAUAUCCUCUA